CCUUUCCCCUGCCCAGAUCGGUUUCCGGUAGGUCCCACCGUUGCCCUGCCCCCUUCUCCCUCAAGCUGGAUGGAGUCCGGGGCACAGGGAGUUCCCUACGCAAGACUGAGCUGGCCAGGAGUGGAGAGUGGCUCUGAGGGGUGCCGGGCCUGGGAGGGAGCCAGGAGGACCAGUGGUCUGAGCUCCCUGCCAUUUCCAGAAUGGAGCUGCGACCCUACCAGUGGGAGGUGAUCAUGCCUGCCCUGGAGGGCAAGAAUAUCAUCAUUUGGCUGCCCACGGGCUCCGGGAAGACCAGGGCAGCUGCUUAUUUGGCCAAGAGGCAUCUAGAGACUGUAGACGGAGCCAAGGUGGUUGUAUUGGUCAACAGGGUGCACCUGGUGACCCAGCAUUGUGAGGAGUUCAGCAGCAUGCUGGGCAAGCGCUGGACCAUUACAGCCCUGAGUGGGGACAUGGGGCCACGAGCUGGCUUUGGCCACGUGGCCCGGAGGCACGACUUGCUCGUCUGCACGGCUGAGCUGCUGCAGAAGGCACUGACCAGCCUGGAGGAGGGGGAGCAUGUGGAGCUCAACGCCUUUUCCCUGCUGGUGGUGGAUGAGUGUCACCACACGCACAAAGACACCAUCUACAACGUCAUCCUGAGCCGGUACCUGGAGCUUAAACUCCGGAGGACCCGGCCGCUGCCGCAGGUGCUGGGUCUCACAGCCUCGCCAGGCACUGGUGGGGCCUCCACGCUCGAUGGGGCCAUUGACCACGUCCUGCAGGAUCCGUUUGGCGACAUGUUGAAGGAGCUCAUGGACCAAAUCCACGACCAUCUGGAGAUGCCCGAGUUGAGACGGGACUUCGGGACGCAGACCUACGAGCAACAAGUGGUGGAGCUGAGCCGGGAUGCGGCUGAGGCGGGGUUCCAGGAGCGGCGGGUGUACGCGCUUCACCUGCGUCGCUACAACGACGCACUGCUCAUCCACGACACGGUCCGUGCGGUGGAUGCCCUGGCCACUCUGCAGGAUUUCUACGACAGGGAGCGCACCACUAAGACCCAGAUCCUGCGUGCCGAGCGCUGGCUGCUGGCGCUGUUUGAUGACCACAAGAAUAAGCUGGCCCACCUGGCAACUCGUGGCCCAGAGAACCCGAAACUGGAGGUGCUGGAAGAGAUCCUGCAGAAGCAGUUCAGGAGCCCUGACAGCCCCCAGGGCAUCAUCUUCACCCGGACCCGCCAGAGUGCUCACUGCCUCCUGCUCUGGCUCCAGCAGCAGCCAGGCCUGCGGACAGUGGCCAUCAGGCCCCAGCUGUUGAUUGGGGCUGGGAACAGCAGCCAGAGCGCUCAGAUGAUCCCGAUGACCCAGAGGGACCAGCAAGAAGUGAUCCAGAAGUUCCGGACUGGUACCCUGAACCUCCUGGUGGCUACGAGUGUGGCAGAGGAGGGGCUGGACAUCCCCCAGUGCAAGGUGGUGGUGCGCUAUGGGCUCCUGACCAAUGAGAUCUCCAUGGUCCAGGCAAGGGGCCGUGCCCGGGCCAGCCAAAGUGUAUACUCAUUUGUGGCGGCCCAAGGUAGUCGGGAGCUGAAGCGGGAGCUGACCAAUGAGGCGCUAGAGACUCUGAUGGAACGGGCAGUAGCUGCUGUGCAGGAGAUGGACCGGGCCAAGUACCAGGACAAGAUCCAGGCUCUGCAGCGGGCAGCCUUGGUCCAGCGGGCAGCCCAGGCGGCCCAGCGGGAGAGUCACCAGCACAAGUUCCUGGCAGAGCACGUGCGGCUCCUCUGUGUCAACUGCACGGUGCCCGUGGGCUAUGGGAGUGACCUACGGAGGGUGGAGGGUACCCACCACGUCAAUGUGAACCCCAACUUCUUGAUCUACUACAACAUCUCCCAGGAGCCUGUGGUCAUCAACAGAGUCUUCAAGGACUGGAGGCCUGGAGGUGUUAUUAGCUGCAGGAACUGUGGGGAGGGCUGGGGUCUGCAGAUGAUCUACAAGUCAGUGAAGCUGCCAGUACUCAAAGUCCGCAGCUUGCUGCUGGAGACACCGCAAGGGCGGGUCCAGUCCAAGAAGUGGUCCCGCGUGCCCUUCACCGUGCCUGACUUUGACUACGUGCAGCACUGUGCCCAGAACCUGGCCGACUUCUCCCUGGACUGACCAUCUUGUCCCUGCAGUGCCCGCUGUAGCCUGCAGGGGGCGGGAGAAUCCACGGCAGCCACCAUCUCCUGGGCAAAGCCUGGGUCCAGCCCCUCCCUCCCGAGUCACCAGCUCCAGGCUCCCGGCUGACCAGCCACAGAGGAACCCUGGGCACCCAGGCUGGCUUGGACUCCCACACUGAGGAAGCAGCUGGAGAGCCACAGCUCAUCCCAGACCCCCCUUACACGUACACAGACACCUUCGUAUGCAAUGGAUGGAGCUGGUGGGGGGAAACUGAGGCAGAGGAAUGGCCCCACUGUACUAGGCAUCGCCAGUUUCCCUUGGCUUCAACAUUCCUUCCCUGCCAAGGCCACUUGUAGGCUUUGAGAUUCUCCAUAAAUUAAAAAUAAAGAAGUAGAACUCA